UGGCGCCCUACGCAAGUCAACACUUGAUAACAGAAGCCUGAUGUUAACUUGUAUUUCCCGUCUUGGUUUCUGUGGGGGUUUUUGUGCUUCUUCUUGAGUUUGUAAGACUUUCUGGAGGACAUCAUGAACUUUUCAGAGUUGUUCCGACAGUCAUUACAACUUUGCAAAUUUUCUCCAGAUGGAAAAUACUUGGCCUCAGGUGUUGACUACCGGCUAGUGAUAAGAGAUGUCGAAACUUUACAGAUUCAACAGCUUUACUCAUGUUUGGAUGCCAUUCAGUAUAUUGAGUGGUCAGGGGAUUCACAAUUUGUACUGUGUGGUAUGUUCAAGAGAGGACUUGUUCAGGUUUGGUCCCUAGAAAUCCCAGAGUGGCACUGUAAGAUUGAUGAGGGAUCAGCUGGCCUGAGUGCAGCGACCUGGAGCCCAGAUGGGAGGCAUGUACUUACCACUGCCGACUUUCACCUGCGUGUGACGGUUUGGUCUCUGGUAACGAAGUCAGUGUCUUAUAUCCGCUACCCUAAACAAUGCUCCAAAGGCAUUGACUUCAGCGUUGGAGGCAAGUACAUGGCCCUGGCUGAGCGGCGAGACUGUCAGGAUCACAUCAGUAUUUUCUCCUGCCAGUCCUGGUCACUUGUGAAGCAUUUCGAGUCAGAGACAGAUGACUUAGCGGGUUUGCAAUGGUCGCCAGACUCACGGGUGCUAUGUGUGUGGGAUUCUUGUCUAACGUACCGAGUGCUCCUGUACUCCUUGGACGGCCGCUGUUUGGCGCGGUAUAGCGCCUACGACCUGGCCCUGGGGGUCAAGACUCUGGCCUGGUCACCCUCCAGCCAGUUCCUCGCCAUCGGCAGCUACGACGAGAAGCUUCGUCUGCUGAACCACGUAACAUGGAAGACAAUUGCCACACUGCCCCACCCAGAAGUCAUCGACAGCAAAAAUGUGGUGGUGUACAAAGAGACAGAGACUCGAACUCCAAACCCGCCAAGCAAGAAGUCUCUCUCUGCCCCCACUGCCAGUUUGUUUGCUGGACAGAGCAAAUAUGAAGUGCAGACUUGUCCUGUACAGGUCCCCGUGUCCAAGCCGGCCUUGAACAAAGCCAACCCCAAGCUGGGCGUCGGCUCGGUGCAGUUUAGCCACGACAACAAGUACAUGUUUACCAAGAAUGAUAACAUGCCGUGUGUCCUGUGGGUGUGGGACGUACGGCGAGUGUCGCUCUGUGCUGUCCUCAUCCAGACCAACCCCAUCAAAUUUGUGAGCUGGGACCCCAGCAGACCUCGCCUUGCCUUGUGUACCUCCAACAACAAACUGUAUAUGUGGUCAUCUGAGGGUAGUCUCUCCGUAGAGGUCCCAGUGGAAGGCUCGUUUCUCAUCCACUCGUUAAGCUGGCACCCCGACGGGGAUGCGGUCUUACUGGUCGGAAAAGAUCAGAUGUGUGUCUGCUUCCUGUCGCCCUCGCAGGCCAACGCCUCCGCGGCACACAACACCAGCACCAUCAACUCGACCGGCGACAACAAACCACUCACCAUCAGCAACGACAACAGCAGCAACAACAACACCAACAAUUCUGUGAUUGUGAAGGGUAGCAGCGAUAUUCUUGGGUUGCCUGAUGAGGCACGCACGGAAGUCAGGGAUAUGGAGGAGGGAGAGGAUUAAGUUGGGUCAGUUUGAAUCAAACUCCUAGACUCUUUAUAUCAGCAAUGGCUUCCACAUCACCAUCACAUCAUCAACAACAACAAUAACGACAACAUAUGAUAUCAGCAACAAGAGAAAGAGGUGGACAGAAGAUAUGGAAAGAGAAAAGGAUAACCCCGUCCAUCGCCACCGUCACCUCACCAUCAACCCUUCGCCCCCACCCCCCUAUUUCAAGUUGCUUGAUUUACUGCUCAAUGUCAUGUCCUUUUUCACAGUGGGAGUCCCAGUGGGAUUACAGCCAUGAUGUGCCAAGAUAUGAGAGUUGUACUUUACUUUUGCUGACAGAGAAAAUGUGAUAAUAGAAUAUAUACGUAUGUAUUUAUCCUUUGCUCCAGAAAGCUUGGAGGAUAUGAGUGAUGACACUCUCCCCCCCCCACCCCCCAUGCGGCGGAGUUGUGUCCCGAGAGAUAGUGGGAUAGUGAACUAUUUCUAUAUCACCUGUCCUACUCUGAGUUUGAGUGAGAUCAGAAUGAUUUGUUAGACAUAUUGGUGUGUGUGAGAGUCUUGAGAGUAGAGAAAUAUUCCUAAUUUCUGCUUUUGUGUGCUGUUUUUCCGUCCAAUUGCUGUCAAGGUAUUGCAGAGAUGUAUAUAUGCAUCAGUUUGUGACUUUGUGCAAGUCUGCUAUUGUUUAGUAAUUCUUUUUCUGCCACGUUUUAUAAGGAGAAGUCACACUAGGCUUGGAUGUGGAUGGCAGUGGUCCAAAUCUCCAAAAGGAUGCUCUUUGGAGAGUUUUCAAGACUCCCCACCCUUUUUUUUUUUUGAGGGGGGGGUACAGCGCCUCGCAACUGCAUAAGGUCAUAUGGGAGUGCUCUUAAUUAGAACAAGUGUUGAAGAAGGCACUAAAAAAUACACAUAUUGUACCAUUAACACUUGUACAUAAUUACUAAAUUAGAAUAAAGCAGAGGGAUAGAGACAUUUGUUUGUGACUUGACAAUGAGGCUAUUUACCCUUUUUACACCGGAAGAAUGGUCAACCAGAUAUCCACUAGCACAAACAGUAGGAAGACCCUCAGUGAUAUUUUGGAAAGAACGAUGGAGCAUCAAUGGACAUGACCGGAAUGCAGGGAUGUUGCUUCCUGAAACAAUAGAAACACCAGGUUUUAUCGUACAAAGUCACGCAUCACACCUCCUGAACUCAUAGUUCUUAAGAUCUGGUAUUUGAUAAUGGAAGAGUCAAGACUACAAAGCUACUUUAUUCUCCUAUCCAUUCCCAAAUUUAAAUUUCAAAUGCGUCUGUCCAACAUUAAAUUAGAUUCUCUUUGCACCUAUAGCAGUUGAUGACUUUGGUUUAGAAUGUUUUUUAAAAAUUGGACAAUAAUUGAUGAAAACAAUUGCAAUGAUUGUGUGUUAUUAUUUGAAAAGUGCUUACACCUGUUCGAUAGUAGGAUCUGUUCAAUUCUUCAGUAUAUCUUCUUUGUUGAGGCAAGUUCAACUUGAGUGAUUUUUUAUUUUUAUUUUUAUUUUGCUUAUCCUGUUUUCUUGACAGCAAAUAACCCAUCGAUUUAUCAACGUGUAUUAAGCUAUUUAUUAUUAUCAUAAAUAUAUAUAGAUUUAUAUAUAUAAAUGAACAGUGCACAUGCGUUUCAUGCAUGGCAUAUGCCACUUUGGAAACAUUCCUGUUAGUUGGUUUUCAUCCUUAUGUAUUUUCAGAUGUAUUUAUAACAUUGUGUUUUUGUGCUUGUCAGAAGUAAUUGCCAGUGCUGCUACUACUAACACUCCCAUGUGGGUACAUAAGAUAGCAGCAUGCUGCAAGUACUCCAGUAACAAUAGCACAUUGCUCACUGAAACUAUAAAUCAGAUUCAUAAAAUGAAA